ACUGGACAUUUAACACGUCCAUCCCCGGAACCAAUAGAACAGACUGAAAGUACAGGUCAUGCAGGAUUUUUUUUUUUUUGCCUAGUCCUACCCUCCUCUAUGGGAAUAUAGACCACAUUUGACAAAACAUGAUAAAACGGCCUUCCGGUGGAGAUUAGAUGGAUAUGCAGAGGACACUUCACUGUUUUCUUGCACAUCGGGGAACUCUUGUGAAGAAUAUGUGACGCAAUGCCCUAUAGGAAUAUGCCCCUAUACACCAGAAAGCACAACGACGUGCCCUUUAGAUUGACCAUGCAGUGAUACAUGAUACAGAGGGCAGUUUGUUGUGUUUCCUUGCACAUAGGGGCACCUUGGUGGAGAUUAUAUGAUCUCUAUAUCAGCCCUACAUGAUGAAGUGCUUGCUAGGAUUUAUCCUGUUUAAUCCCCUCUGAUCACAGAAGAUAAAUAAAAAAGUUCCUUCCUGGCUGUAAGAACACAGAGACGUCUGCUGCUCUGAACUGAACGGAUCUCUCAGAUAACAGACUUAAAGAAACAGGAGCUCAGCAGGUGAGGAUAAAAUUACACGCGUUGACCGGAUGCUCAGAAACGCCGCUCAACUGCAUGUACACACGUGCUGCCGGUGGGAUCAGCAGGCGGACAUGGCGGAUAUGAGCUCCUUAUUCUUAUUCAUUUGGUAGAAGAAGCUUAAGGUUUGAGGAAUGUACCGGAGGCAUGGAGGCGCGUGGAGACAGCAGUCAGGGGAGCGACGAUGAUGCGCCACCGGAGGACCGUAUCAGCGUGAAGGAUGUGUCCGUGGAGGUGGCCACGGUGGACGCUAUGCUCGAUAAGCUGUGUAAGAAAUACAGCAGACGCAGGAGGAGAGCAAAGAAGGUGAAGAAAGCGAAGAAGAAGCCGCUGGUGAACCUGCAGCACCUGGUCCUGAUUAUUACAGUGGUGGUGUUUGUCAUCGUGGUGAUCAUGUGGUCACUUCUGUGGGUUUUCACAUUUCGGAGAGAAAGCAACAGCGGUGUGUACUUCGCUGGGAUGUUCCGCGUUGCCAAUGUGGAGUUCAUACCAGAGUACCGGUACGCAGACUCCACCGAAUUUGUUUCCAUGGCAAAUCAGAUCCAACAUGUGGUAAGCAAAGUUUACAGAUCGUCAUCGGUAUCGAAGCUCUACAAACACACCGUCAUCUCCGACCUGAGUAACAAUGAUAAAGGUGGUGUACUGGUGCAUUUCUGGAUGAUCUUUGUGGUGCCAAGGCUGAAGACUCCAGCGGUGUGUGAGGAGUGUGUUAGUGCGGUCCUCAGAGACUCGGUGCUCACGUCCCUGAAGAACAGAUCGUCUGUGGGCUUCCUGCUAGGGCUCCCAGUGGACAUCGACUCCAUCUACGUCAACAUUGCUCAGCGCUCAGAUUACACAUCCAUCGCUGCAGGCUCUGAGUGUGUGGAUAAGCUGUACGCAGGCCUCCCGGAUGUGAGAGUCCCUCUGAAUGUUUUUUCAUCUUGGGGGGGUCUGAGCUGCCACGUCAAGCUCACGUCUGCUCCGGGCACCAUCAUCCGGCUCACGGUGAACAGCCUGGACAUCGAGCCCAGUGACUGCAUACACGACGCGCUCAGUGUGUAUGACGCACUGCUGCCUAUGAGAGCCAAAUCCUUACACAGGUUGUGUGAGGUAGUGCGGGAUCCAGUAUCUCUCGUCUCCACCUCUAACGUCAUGCUGCUCUCCUUCAGACUCACACAAGGCAACAAGAGCUUCCGAGGAUUCUUCCAGGCUGUUCCUGAAGAGGAGUGUCUGAGUGUUAUAGAGAUUCCAGCAGCUCUCAGUGACACAGGUGAAAUGACCAGUCCGUUUUACCCCAGCCUUCUGCCCCCGCUGUGCUCCUGCACCUGGAGGUUUCAGACCCGCAGCACUUCUCUCGGCGUGGCUCUGAAGUUUCAGAACUACGUCCUGUCAUUGAAAGACCUGACUCCGUGCGAACACGGCUGGUGGAAGGUCAAUGAGAUCAUAUACUGCGGCCGCUACGUGAGUCACAUGACCGUUUUCCGCAUUCCUGAGAGAAGUGUUGAGGUGGUGUUUCGCUGCAGCUCCCGCAGCUCCGAGUUGCCAUUCACCGCCACCUACAGCAGCUUCAACAUCACUCAACCGUGUCCUGAAGGUCACUUCCUGUGUGCCACGGGGUUGUGUGUGGAAAAGGAACGGCGAUGUGAUGGUCUGGAUGACUGUCAGGAUGAGAGCGAUGAAGUUUUCUGUUCCAAACCCUUUAAGAACUGCGGCGGCCCGACUGCUCUUCAUCCUCUUUAUGUAUGCGAUGGAGAGAACGAUUGUCCUAAUGGUCGAGAUGAAACCAAUUGCACUGAAGAGACCGGCUGCUCUGAGAUGUGGUAUCGGUGCAGCAACGGAGCGUGUAUCCUAAAGAAAAAUGCAAAGUGUGACGGAUUUCACGACUGUCUCGACCACAGCGACGAGAAGGACUGCGCCUGUGGUCAGUCCAUGCCUGUUAAACGUGUGAUGGACAGCGCAGCUCCUCAGGAGCGAGUGGUGGGUGGAGUCAAUGCUGUAGAAGGGGAGUGGCCAUGGCAGGUCAGUUUGCAUUUCUCGGGUCAUCUGUACUGCGGUGCCUCGGUUAUCACCAGCGAGUGGCUCAUCUCUGCUGCACAUUGCUUUAGCAAAGAGAGACUCUCAGAUCCUCGGCAGUGGAUAGCUUACCUGGGCAUGUUGACUCAGGGCAGUGCUAAGCAUGUAGCGGAGAUCCGCCGUAUCGUGGUUCAUGAGUACUACAACCCUCGUAACUUUGACUAUGACAUCGCUCUUCUGCAGCUCAGGAAGCCGUGGCCCAGCAGCCUGACCGCCUUUAUCCAGCCUGUUUGCCUCCCGGCCACAUCACAGACCCUCACCGAGAAACACCGAUGCUGGGUGACUGGCUGGGGCUACCGCUCCGAACAGGAUAAGGUCCUACCCACAGUGCUGCAGAAGGCAGAGGUACGUGUCCUGAGUCAGAGCGAGUGUAAGAGGGCAUAUGGUCCGGUCUCUCCCCGCAUGCUGUGUGCAGGACUACCCAAUGGAGAGCGAGAUGCCUGCCGGGGGGACUCGGGUGGUCCUCUGUCCUGCCAGGCCUCGGAAGGAGGACGCUGGUUUCUGACAGGGAUCGUAAGCUGGGGGUCGGGCUGUGGCAGGCCUAACUUUCCUGGCGUGUACACCAGAGUGGCCAAGUUCAUCAACUGGAUCAACAGCCACAUUUACAACUCAUGAUUAACC